AUGGAAGAGCAAGACUAUGAAGGACUUCCACUUCUUCCUGGUCUUUCCUUUCAAGAUCCUACAAAAUCUAAAUUUCACAGAAGUCAAUUUUUCGAAUUUAAGCAAGGUGGAAGGUAUAUGAAACAUUAUGCUCCAGCUCCAGGAAAAUACCCGAGAGACGUCGAUUCUCUUCGAUAUUUGGAUAUAGAAAAUGAUACCGUUGUGUACGAUCCUUGUCUUACAUACGGACGUGCAAAAGAAUAUCCAUGUCCAGCAUUUCGACCCCAUUUUGUUGUAUAUGAUAAAAAAUGUCUUACGUUUAGAGCUUUUUUUAAACAACCUGUUUACAAUAGUCCCGAUGAAAAUUACAGAGUUAGAUACGUGAAUAUAAUUUAUUUUUUAGAUGAUGAUAAAAUAACCGUAAUGGAACCUCCAGUUAGAGACUCUGGAAUAGUUCAAGGAAAGUUAAUUCGAAAAGGUAGAAUACCUAAAUACGGUCAUGAAAAUGGAGUAUACUUACACUGGAAAGAUUUUAAUAUAGGAAUUGAUAUGGCCAUUGGUGGAAUCGUUUUCCACAUAAUUGAUUGUGAUUUGUUUACAAAAGAAUUCCUUUUAUCUCAAGGAGUGGAAUUAAAUAAUCCAGAAUGUAUGCCUCCGGAUCCUUACACACAAAUGAGAAAAGUUAAAAGUAAAGCUCCACCAAAAACGGCCGUUACAAUAGAUAAAUUUAGGAGAUUUUUAGAAUUUGAAGGGAGAGUAUUAAGGUAUCGAGCAGUUUGGGAUAAUCGUGAUUCAGGAGGAUCCUUAGAUCCUUACGUGAUUAAAUAUUAUUUAGAAGAUGAUACCGUGGAAGUUAUUGAAGUUCACGAACCCAAUGAUGGAAAGGAUCCAUUUCCGUUAUUGUUAAAAAGAACUAAACUUCCUAAAAAUUGGACGGAAGUUCCUGCAACUUAUCCAUCAAUUUAUUUGGAAAAAAGCGAUGCGGAAGUCACAGAAUAUUACAAACCGAUGGAUUUAAUUAUAGGAGAAACAAUUUUCGUUUUUGGUAGACGAAUGCUUUUACAUAAAUGCGAUGAAGAUACACGAAAUUAUUUUCGCAGAGCACUCAACAUAACACAACCGGAUAAUUUCGACGUGGAAGAAGAAGAUAAACCAAAAUUACCGGAACCACCACCGCCUCACACGGGAUUCGGUUCAUUAGAGGAUUCAUUGGGAUCUUGUUUGAAUUACAUGCCGAAAGAACCGAAAAAAGACGUUAUUAAAUUAAUAAUUAACAUGAAUAAAUAUCUUAGAUACACGGCAAAAUUAAAAUCAAUGCAUCCGGAAGACGAAGGAAGACAAUUUAUUAUUUAUUAUUCGUUAGCCGAUAGCACUAUUAAAAUAACCGAACCGCAAGUUCGUAAUUCAGGUCACAUGGGUGGAAAAUUUUUAAGUUCAAUGCUCGUACCAAAACCUGGAAGUCAUCCCGAUUAUCCCGAAUAUUAUAGCCCGAGCGAUUUUUACAUCGGUGCUGUCAUAUCGAUAUUUAAACACAAAUUUGAAAUCACCGGAGCUGAUUUACAAGUUUACAGGUACAUGGAAGCAAAUCCGGAAAAAUUCAAAUUGGAAGUUAUCGAAACGGUUAGAAAUUAUUUGACGGCACAAAAAUUAUUAUCCGACGAUAUUGGAACAAUAGCAAAAUCAAUAUUAAACCCGGAAGAAUUCCCAACGACCAAAGAGUGCAUAUCCGAUCCUUAUGCUAAACCUACCAAAAUCCGACCCUGUAUAAACGAAGAAGAAGAAACGGAAGUUGAAUACGAACCACCGAAAAAACUACCUGAUAAAUGUUACGAAUGUCCCGAUCUAACCGGAAAAGUUCCCGAGGAAUGUAAAAGAACGGAAGUUAACGAAGCUCGUAUAAACGAAUUAACCGGAAAAUUAGUUUAUAACAGAGAAAAUAAAAACUGGAAGUAG